CGACAACAACCAGUGAAAUAGCUCAUUCAUCACGACAAGGUAUCGAAAGUACCGUUCUGCUGUCGUAAGGGCUGAAAGUUGAAGCCGCCGGCCAUCGGCUUGUGUACGACAUCUUACCUCAACAUCCUCUCGGCGGGACAACGUCGAAUCCUCCCACCUGCCAUGAGAUCCUUGAUCCAGGUGGCCGUCCUGCUCCUCCUCCUUCCUUUCGUCUACUCGUUGAAGUUCGACCUCGUGGCACAGGCAGGCCAUAGUGCAAAGAAUGAGAGAUGCAUACGCAACUUUGCCAGCAGAGAUACGCUGGUAGUGGUCACAGCCAUUGUCAGUGGGAGCAGGGGUGAUGGACAAAUGGUCAAUAUGCAUAUCAAAGACUCCGUAGGCAAUGAUUACGGUCGUCCAAAGGAUGUGGCCGGCGAGAAGAGAAUGGCCUUUACAAGUCUGGCGGACACGGCCUUUGACGUGUGUUUUGAGAACACCUUGACAGGACGAACUGGCAGUCCAAACCCAGUACGACACGUCGAACUCGACAUUGACAUUGGCGCGGAUGCGCGAGAUUGGUCCGCGAUCCAGGCGUCGGAGAAACUCAAGCCCGUCGAGACAGAGUUGCGACGGAUAGAGGAGACGGUCAACGAGAUCGUGCAAGAGUUGGAGUAUUUGAGAAUGCGUGAGCAGAAACUCCGAGACACCAAUGAGAGUACCAACGAACGAGUCAAAUGGUUUGCCUUUGGCACCAUGGGCAUGUUGGUUGGACUUGGAGCAUGGCAGGUGGUCUACCUUCGAGCGUACUUCAGGUCAAAGCAUCUCAUCUAAACAUCGCUGCCUGGCCGUCGUUCUGAUCCAGCUCGCUUGCUUUUCUACAUAAUGAGGCAUUUUCACAUGGAAUGGAUUGGGCAAUGAGAAUGGAGUGGAAUAGACGUCUGGCUUGGUCGAUAAUGCAAACGUCGUACACGAAACCUGUCUCUGGUGUGAUGUUGGCUCUUGACGUGCAGGCCCUCAAAAAGUACUUUCUGUUGCCCUAGGAUGACCUGAAUGUUGUCUAGCUCCAAUAAGUGAUGAAUCGGGCUUUCCGCCCUCAAAGUGUAUACCAAAAGGUGUCUGAUUGAGACCGAUAAUUUCGACAUUCGUCGUAUUAUUCUAGUUCUGUUCACUAA